AUGUCCUGCUAUGACCUCUGUUCCCCCACGUCCUGCGGCCCCACGCCACUGGCCAACAGCUGCAAUGAGCCCUGUGUCCGGCAGUGCCAGGACUCCACCGUGGUGAUCCAGCCCUCGCCCGUGGUGGUCACCCUGCCUGGGCCCAUCCUCAGCUCCUUCCCCCAGAACACCACCGUGGGAUCCUCGGCGUCCGCGGCCAUCGGGAACGCUCUGAGCGCCGGGGGCGUCCCAAUCAACUCAGGCAGCUCCUUGGGCUUUGGGGGCUUUGGGGGCUUUGGCUACCCCGGGCUGGGCAGUGGCUACAGCCGGCCCUACCGGCGCUACAACGCCUCCCGCAGCGGCUUCUACGGGCCCUGCUAAGGCGGGAGGAGAAGACCAGGAAUGCUGAACCCCGACCCGUCCCCGGAGCAGGACUGAGCUCACGGCCGCGGUUUUUGGAUGCCACGUGAGAUGCCCCCAGCCUGGAGUUAAAGGAGCUGUGGGAAUUUGGCAUCUCCCCAAACCAGGCCUUUGCUUGUCUUUUGUUGUGCUUUACUUUGUAUUUCUGAUCAAAUGUCUUGUCCUGCUUUUUUGUUUUGGUUUGGUUUUUGUUUUUUUUUUUUUUUUUAUUUGAUAAUAGGCAAAAUAUUAAUUGUUGGCAAUUGUUGUGCAUGGCUGGAUUAGCACAGGUCCUUCAUCGAUGAAGAAGGAAGAAUUCCACUCGCUGAGUGUAUGGCUG